CCCUGCGGUCGGCGCUGCCGGAGGGGCCCGAGCCGAGCCGCCCCGGCCGGGCCGCGCCGGGCCCGCUUCCCGUGGGGCCACGCCCUGUCAAACUUUGUUGCUGCGGCGGCGGCGGCGGCGGCGGCGAGCGGAGCGGGGGGCCGGCGAGCGGGAGGGAGGGGCGCCGGGCCGGGCCGGGCAGGGCGCGGGCGGCGAGGGGCUCCGAGAGCGGCGGCCCCUGCCCGCGGCCCCACCAUGCCCCAGCUCGGCGGCGGCGGCGGCGGCGGCGGUGGCGGCGGCGGCGGGGGAGGCAGCGGCUCGGGCGCCGGGGCGGCCGGCGGAGGGGACGACCUCGGGGCGAACGACGAGCUGAUCCCCUUCCAGGACGAGGGGGGCGAGGAGCAGGAGCCGAGCAGCGACAGCGCUUCGGCGCAGCGGGACCUGGACGAGGUGAAGUCGUCCCUGGUCAACGAGUCGGAGAACCAGAGCAGCAGCUCGGACUCGGAGGCGGAGAGGCGCCCGCAGCCCGCCCGGGACGCCUUCCAGAAGCCGCGGGACUACUUCCCCGAAGUGAGAAGGCCCCAGGACGGCGCGUUCUUUAAGGGUCCCCCUUAUCCUGGGUACCCCUUCCUGAUGAUCCCGGACCUGAGCAGCCCGUACCUCUCCAACGGACCCCUGUCCCCUGGAGGAGCGCGCACCUACCUGCAGAUGAAAUGGCCCCUCCUCGAUGUUCCCUCCAGCGCCACAGUCAAGGACACGAGGUCACCAUCGCCAGCACACUUGUCUAAUAAAGUUCCUGUUGUCCAGCACCCACAUCACAUGCAUCCGCUGACACCCCUCAUCACCUACAGCAACGACCACUUCUCCCCUGGCUCCCCUCCCACACACCUCUCCCCGGAGAUCGAUCCAAAGACAGGAAUCCCCCGGCCCCCUCACCCAUCUGAGCUGUCACCAUAUUACCCACUCUCUCCCGGAGCUGUCGGACAAAUCCCCCACCCCCUCGGCUGGCUCGUCCCACAGCAAGGACAGCCCAUGUACUCCCUUCCUCCUGGUGGCUUCCGGCACCCUUACCCUGCCCUCGCCAUGAACGCCUCCAUGUCCAGCCUGGUUUCCAGUCGGUUCUCCCCUCACAUGGUGGCUCCCGCCCAUCCUGGUCUGCCCACCUCAGGGAUCCCCCACCCCGCCAUCGUCUCGCCCAUCGUCAAGCAGGAACCGGCACCGCCCAGCCUGAGCCCCGCGGUGAGCGCGAAAUCGCCGGUCACCGUGAAAAAGGAGGAAGAAAAGAAACCCCACGUGAAGAAGCCUCUUAAUGCCUUCAUGUUAUACAUGAAGGAGAUGAGGGCCAAGGUGGUGGCUGAGUGCACCCUGAAGGAAAGCGCAGCCAUUAACCAAAUCCUGGGGCGGAAGUGGCACAACCUUUCUCGAGAAGAACAGGCCAAGUACUAUGAGCUGGCCCGGAAGGAGCGGCAGCUUCACUCCCAGCUCUACCCGACCUGGUCAGCGCGGGACAACUACGGCAAGAAAAAGAAGAGGAAGAGAGAAAAGCAGCUGUCCCAGACACAGUCCCAGCCGCAGGUCCAAGAGGCAGAGGGUGCUCUGGCCUCCAAGAGCAAGAAGCCAUGUGUUCAGUACCUGCCCCCUGAGAAGCCCUGUGACAGCCCCGCCUCCUCCCACGGCAGCAUGCUGGACUCCCCUGCCACCCCCUCUGCAGCCUUGGCCUCCCCAGCUGCCCCUGCUGCCACCCACUCGGAGCAAGCCCAGCCCCUCUCCCUCACCACCAAGCCGGAGACCCGGGCCCAGCUGGCGCUGCACUCCGCUGCCUUCCUGUCGGCUAAGGCUGCAGCCGCCUCCUCUGGCCAGAUGGGCAGCCAGCCCCCCAUCCUGUCCCGGCCCCUCCCCCUCGGGUCCGUGCCCACAGCUCUGCUGACCUCUCCCCCAUCCUUCCCAGCCACGCUCCAUGCCCACCAGGCCCUGCCAGUGCUGCAGGCCCAGCCUCUUUCCCUGGUCACCAAGUCUGCCCACUAAGCCGCCCCUGACCUAGGCAGGCUGUCACGUGACUCAUCGAGUAGCAAUGAUUCAGAAGAAAAAAGAAAAGGAAACUUUAUUGGUCAAUAUUUGACCACUCUGGACUGUUCUGUAAAGUGACUGAUAACAACAGCACUUUACAUUUUGUAGAUGUAACCAGUAGCUGAUCUUAAGGCUUUUUUAAAAAACAAAACAAAACAACAAAAAAAAAUCUUUAAACGAAAGAACUGAAAAGUAGUGUGCUAUUCAUCCCUUAUGUGCUGUGGUGGAUGGACUGGGCAGAAGAUGCCUUUCUAUAUACCUCUCUCUCUCUCUGCCUCCUGCCUCCUCUCUCUCGCUGUCCCUACCUGCCUCAGCUUCCCCACUCGGUCUGCAUGUUUGCCACUGCCGUGAUUUCUAGCCAGGGACUCUGCCUCUACAGCCAGUCCUGCUCAUGUCCCAUUACCCAGCCCAGGUUUCCAUCAUCAAGACCAUGCGUUCUUCCCCUUCGGCCCUUUUGUCGUCUGCCCAGUGGAAGGCCGUCACCAUGUGAGAAGACAUCGUGGCCUGAUUUGUUUCCACCAGCAUCCCCCUCCCACAGUGGACCCAGACCCACCAGCCCCCAACUUCCGGUGGGGAAUGUGGUCCUCCGAAAUGGUUCAACCCCACAUUUAAAGGGACUCAAGGUGCCUGCCACUUCCCCAGUGAAGAAGUCUGUGUUCCUCCCCCUCCUUGCCGGUGGAGACCGUCCCCUCACAGUCCCAGAGUGGCAGACAGGACCGGGCUCCACGGUCUGGCUCUUGUCACCUGGGGCAGUGCCAGCACAAUCUGCCAAAGUUCUAAAGACCCUCUUCCCUCCCCCACCACCUCACAUGCUUCUUCUGUGUGUAUUUCUUUUUGUUUUUAUGAUUUUUGGAGCAAUUUAAACUCCCAGUUGUUUAUUUUCACAAAAGAAAAUAAAAUUGCAAUUGCAAGACCUUU